AUGCGGGAGGAUCCUCCCGAGCUCCUUGCGGUCCCGAGAACUUCUCCUUUGUCCACGUAUCGAACAUCCCACCAGGGCUCUCUGACUCCAUCGCGCGCCCACCCUCACCCUUCGCUCUGCAUGUCGCAAUCCCCGACUGUCCUCAACGAUAACCUUGGCCUCGCGCGGGCUGUCGUGGUCUCCCGCGAGUGA